GCGUUUCACUUAUAAAAAACAGAAAACGACCGCCAAAAACCCCCCUCUCUUGCUCCGCCUUUCGCCACCGACUUCCGUCGCCGGAAACCGCCGAAGAAAAACUUCAACUCACAACUACAAAGCUUUAAUUGCUCACUAUUUUAGCGCAAGAAAUCUGUAUAUAUGUACACAUAAAUAUUAUAUUAUAUAUAUACAUAUAUUGAUACACAUCUGUGUGUAUAAUUAGAGUAGUAUAUUGUUAGUCAUAUGGCAUGGGUGACUUUGACAGUUGAAUUCAACGGAAACGACGUCGUUUUGUUGACUCUAAGAUGACGAUUUCUCGAUCGUUUUGUCUUUUCCUUCUUUUCCUCUUUUUUACUAAUAGAGGGUGUGUGAUAGCUAAACCAUUUACAGGGACGUAUGGUAUAAAUUACGGUCGAAUCGCAGAUAAUAUUCCUUCUCCUCGAGAAGUUGUUAGGCUUCUUAAAGCUGCCAAGAUAAAGAAUGUUAGAAUAUACGAUGCUGAUCAUAGUGUUCUUGAUGCGUUUAGAGGUAGUGGUCUAGAUUUAGUGAUUGGACUUCCGAAUGGAGUGGUGAAAGAUGUGAGUAAUAGUGCUGAUCAUGCCCUUACUUGGGUUAAAGAGAAUGUGCAAGCGUAUGUUCCGGACACACGUAUUGUUGGGAUUGCAGUUGGAAAUGAAGUUCUUGGAGGUGGCGAUUCAGAUCUCCAGUCGGCUUUAUAUGGUGCAAUGAAAAAUAUCUAUAAUGCGACGCAGAAGCUGAAGUUGGAUGGUGCGGUUCAGAUAACAACUGCACAUUCGCAAGCUGUGUUUUCUAAUUCGUACCCGCCAUCUUCUUGUGUCUUUAAAGAUGAGGUUUCUCAAAACAUGAAGAAGCUACUAGACUUGUUUACGCAGAUGGGGUCCCCUUUUUGUUUAAAUGCAUACCCUUUUUUGGCUUACAUGGGUAAUCCAGAUCAGAUUGAUUUAAAUUAUGCACUUUUUAAUCCAACUGAUGGAAUAUAUGAUGAAAAAGCAAAACUUCACUACGACAACAUGCUUGAUGCUCAGAUUGAUGCUGCGUAUGCUGCAUUGGAAGAUGCUGGAUACGACAAGAUGGAGGUUAUAGUGACGGAGACUGGAUGGGCUUCUAAAGGAGAUCCAAAUGAAGAAGUUGCAACACGUGAAAAUGCAAGAACAUAUAAUUAUAAUCUACGUAAAAGGCUUGCUAAGAGGAAGGGAACUCCACGAAGGCCAAAAUCUAUGUUAAAGGCAUAUAUUUUUGCCUUGUUUAAUGAGAAUUCAAAGCCUGGCCCAGGGUCAGAAAGGAACUUUGGUCUGUACAAACCUGAUGGGACAAUUAGCUAUAAUAUAGGUUUUCCAGCUUUGAAGUCAUCAUCUAUUUCAUCCCGUCUAUCGAUUAAGGAUCUUCGAGCUCAAGGUUGGCACUGGUCAUAUAUCUCGGUCUUAACCGCAUGCUCAUCAGCUUUGUUUCUGUUUCUAAGAUCAUGAAAUGGUUCACUCAAGACCAAGAAUACUUUCCAGAGUAUGAUUUGGUACAUCAUGAUUUCAUUACAGAAGAUCAUUUCCUCCUUCCAAUUUAAAAUUAGUGCCUAUCUUGGUUAGUUAGUUCUGAUGAUUUCUCCUAGAGAGUAUAUUUAAGUUUUUAAAGUUACAAUAUAUAAUAUUAAUUGGACGCAGAAACUGGGCACUUACUUGGCGGGAGUAAAUGUUUUUACAGUUUUGAUGAUUAGUGAUGGUACUCAUGUAUCUUAAUUACUUGGAAGAGGUUGGAUACAUUAUUAUAUCAUACAAUAUAUAUCAAUUUUGAGCUUACACGCA